AAUCCACCUGUCAACGGUUUUCCCGAUCCGUGCCAUGGAUGAUGCCAGCCACACCUUGCGACGAUGGAGCUCGCGGGUUUCUGCGAAGAUUGCGCCUCUUGUGCAUGGUCUGCCAGUGCUCCCAGCCGACGCCAAGCUGCGGGAGGGCUUGCUGAUCGGCGACGAGAUUCUGGUCUUGGAAGCUCUCCAGCCUCGCACCCGGACCUUGACUGCCUCGAAGCGCCCACCCGCCGAGCUCACCAAGGGCUUUCAGGAUGACACCGUGAACGGCUUUGAGACCUUGGCCUUGGAUUAUCUCCUGCAAGGCAUGUGGUCCAAGGCGCUCUACUCGAGCCGCCGCUCGACGCGCCGUGUGAAGAGCACAGCCCCGCGGCGCGAGGCACUGCUGCAGCGCUUGUGGAGACAUCCCGUCUUGGGACCCAUUCUGCAAAUGCAGUUGGAGAACGUGAGCUUCACCAUUCUUCCAGCUGAGGAUCCCCAGGAGACUCACUUAUGGCUCAUGUCGCCCUCCGUGCUCCACCGCGCGGCGCUGGCCUCACCCUCGAACGCGGAGGUCCUCGAGUCCUUGGCCAAGGCCUUGCAUUGGCAUCCUUGGAGAGUCAUUUCUGGCUUUGAUGCGCCUGACAGAGAUGAUUUCUACAUGCCCAGUCAUGACUUGCGAAGCUGCCGGGACUUCUGCAUCCGACAUGGUUUCAGUGGCUUCUUUGUACAGAAUGGCUAUGCCUACUUCCGUCGGACCUUGGGACACUUUCGAGAAGCGAAAGCAGGAGUGCUGCACUUGGCACCAGGUCCCAGCUCUUUGUCGCAAAGAUCUCUUGCCGCCCUACUGUUGGGGCAAACCGCACUGGAGCGUGAGACCGCCAUGGAUGUGGCGCUCCAGACGGGCGCAAAGGGCCUCGUGCGCGCGCUGGGGCAGAUGGGAUGCGAGAUCUCGGAUGAUGGGCGCAUUGGAGCAGAGAAGAUGGUCCUGGAGCGGAUUCUGCUUGGGGGUCAACCGCCCUGGCUCCACCGGGCGGUGCAAAGCUGGCACGGCUCCGAGAAGGCUCAGGACGGCAUUGUGCUGGAAAACCCCGAAGAGAUUCGGAACCAUACGCAGAAGGAAGUCUUUCAGCUGCAGAUGGCCACUCGCCUCCCGUUGCCUGUUUGCGCCAAAAUCUUGCGCCACUUCGGCCGGGCAGAGCUGGCCAUUGCUGAGUUCCAUCGAGAUCCUCAGGCCGUGCUCCGCUCCAACGGCGUUCCGAGCCUCGCGGGCGAAGCGAGGCGAGAAGACGGUGGAGUGUGUGGCAUUUGCUUCGAGCCCAGUGGUGAGCUGCAGAAGUGGCUACCUUGCAGGGGGAUCCAUCCCUUCUGUGAUGCUUGCCUUCGACACUACUUGCAGGGCUUGUUGGACAGUGGGAAUGUCAGCGGCAUGGUGUGUCCGGAGCCCACGUGUCGGCUGCCACUGGACGACACCGCGGUGGCGGCGCUUCUGGGCCCGGUGGCACGAGAGAAGUUCGUGAAAAUCUCUGCGGCCUUAGACGUCGCUGCACGACCGGGGCACAUCGCAUGGUGUCCUCAGCCUGGUUGCGGCAAGGCCGUGGCACGCUCUGGGGGACUCACUGUAAGAUGUGCCUGCGGCUAUCGUUUUUGCUGCGGCUGCAAGCUUCCGGGAGGUCAUGAGCCCUGCAGCUGCGAGCAGUGGAAGGCUUGGAUUGACGCCCAUCCACAGCUCGAGCAGCAGCAGAAAGAGCGGAAGAAGCAUUUGGAUCGAGACGAAGUUUGGAUCCGUCGGAAUGCACAGCAUUGCCCGGGCUGCCGAGGCGUUGUCGAGCGCAACGGCGGGUGCAACCACAUGAUUUGCCGUUGUGGAGUGCACUUCUGCUAUGUUUGUGGGCGGCUUUGGCAGGAGCAUGAAACGCAGCGUGGAGGAAUGGACUUUUUCAACUGCCGCUUGCCCAAGGCGCACACGCACCGGAGCGGUUCGAAGACACAGAGCUCGGAAGGUUUUGCGGAGGACCCCAUCGCGGAGUUCCAAGCGCUGGAGAGGAAUGUGGCGUGUGCACAACGCUGGGCGAUGGAAGCUGGUAGCCUUUUACAGGCGUUCCAUCAUGUCCUGAGUUUGCCAACGCCAUCAAGCCCGUCCUCUCAGGCUGUGCGGAUGGAGCCGCAACUGUCGAGCACCUUGCGUGAGGCAGUGGAAGUCCUAGUGAAUGCGCAGCGAACCAUGCGGUGCUGUUGGGUCUUCAGGUGGCACGCCAGCACACAGCAGUUGGAGACGGGUCCGAUGGAGUUUUGGUUGGGCGAGUUCCAGACCGCCUGCAGUACACUGGAGGCCGCCCUAGGGCCCAGCUUCCAAGCUGCGUGGCAGUCGCACAUGCCGCACCUGGAAGCAUCCGAGCAGCGCUGGCCCCUCCUGGAGAGUUCCUCCGGGGACCUACAUGAUGUGAUGUGGCGCUUGGAAGCCUUAGAGUUGAGUGCGGGUUCCCCAAAGGCCUUCGCGUGGACUGGGAAGAUUUCGGGCAGUUACGCCCAGUGGGCGGACAGUUGGUUUGGAGUGAGAAGCCCAGUUUGGCAGCGGACGAUGGGUUGUAGGUGGCACGACCUGGGGAUGCUUCAUGGUAUAUAGGUGUUUUUUUGAAUUGGACAUCAUCUGGCUGGGAAGUCAACCCGUUUGUUAAAGCCUUAGUGUUCCAUCUAAUGGCAACACCCCUUCUACCGCGAGUGGCUUUGAUGGAAGCACAAAUGACACGCAGCCAGGUCACCCCAUUGAUUUGACAGCACUUGAAGCUGCCGUUGAAGUUGAAGACCAUGGUAGAAGAAUGCCGCAAAUGCGCCGUGAGCCUGUGGAACCAACAGGCCACGCGAGUCGUGGAACCUUGUCAGGACAAUGAAGCAUCUCAGCCUGGUUUUUCUCCACCAGAUGACAUUAACGUGACAGCUGUCUACCGCUGUCUAAUGCUCUCAGGUGUGGCCCACUUUUGAACUUUGCCCACAUUUGGGAUCGGAAGUGGGCAAGAAACAAGGCUUUGGCGUUGGACAAAAGAUUCACAGGAAAGGAAACUUUGGACCCAAAUUCCAAAGGUUGGCAAAAUUAUUCGAGAGCUUUCUUUGACAAUUUCUUCGACGGUAAGUCAAUUGCGCAAGCUGUGCG